AUGGAUAGCGACACGAGUCAAUCGCGGCAUCUUCAGCUUCAAUAUUCAACUCCUGCCACAGAAUGGUCAGAAGCCCUGCCUAUUGGCAACGGCCGUCUGGGUGCUGUUGUAUAUGGGCGGACCGAAGUAGAGCUGAUGCAGCUCAACGAAAACUCGGUGUGGUAUGGAGGCCCUCAAGAGAGAACACCGCCGGACGCUUAUCGUAUGCUGCCCAAACUUCGACAACUGGUUCGAGAUGAGAAGCAUUCGGAGGCUGAGGCUUUAGUCAAGGAAUGUUUCUUUGCAACUCCCGCAAGCAUGCGUCACUACGAGCCGAUGGGCACCGCGACACUGGAAUUCAACCACAAGAAUAUCACCAAUUACCGGCGUUGCCUCGAUUUGGCUACUUCACAGGUUUCUGUUCAGUAUACAGUCAAUGACAUUUCUUAUCAGCGAGACGUUAUCGCCUCAUACCCUGAUAAUGCAUUGCUUUUACGAUUCACUGCUUCAAAAAGUACUCGUUUCAUCGUGCGCCUGGACAGGCUGAGCGAUAACGACACCGAUACGAACGUCUAUGCCGACACUAUCACAGCUUCUGGUUCCCACAUUGUGGUUCACGCAACUCCGGGAGGAUUGAAUAGCAAUCGAUUGUGUUCUGUUCUUGGCGUCGUCUGCGACGAUGGUGGCACCAUUGAGGCCGUCGGAAAUUGCCUUGUCAUUAACUCUGCCUCCUGCAGAGUCGGCAUCGCUGCACAGACAACAUUCCGUCAUGCCGAACCCGAAGUCAUCGCCCGGAGUCAGAUCGAUCAGGCCCUGGCACGGCCGUGGGAUGAACUAGUGGAGAGGCAUAGGACAGAUUAUUCUAAGCUUUUCGGCCGGAUGAGCCUAAGAAUGUGGCCAGACGCUUGUGACUUGCCAACGGACCAGCGCCUUCGAAGCUGCAGGGAUCCUGGCCUUGUCGCCUUAUAUCACAACUAUGGCCGAUACCUCCUCAUUUCAUGUAGUCGGAAUGGCUACAAAGGAUUACCAGCAACGCUUCAAGGCAUCUGGAACCCGAGCUUUCAACCACCUUGGGGAUCAAAAUAUACGAUCAACAUCAACACGCAGAUGAACUACUGGCCUGCUGGCCCGUGUAGUCUCAUCGAUGAUUGUUCGAUUCCACUGCUGGAUCUUUUGGAACGAAUGUCAGUUCGGGGUCGCCAAACGGCCAAGGUCAUGUAUGGCUGCCGAGGUUGGUGUGCACAUCACAACACCGACAUUUGGGCCGAUACGAACCCUCAAGAUCGCUGUAUGACAGCCACUAUCUGGCCUCUUGGAGGUCUCUGGUUAUCAACCACGCUAAUGGAUACUCUCAAGUAUCAAUAUAGCAAGGAACUACAUAAUCGCUUGUUCCACGUCCACGAGGGUGCUGUGCAGUUUGUUCUCGACUUUAUGAUACCUUCCAAAUGCGGUUCGUACCUAGUUACAAACCCCUCACUCUCUCCAGAGAAUGCUUUUGUCUCGAAGUCGGGAAUCAAUGGCAUAUUCUGCGAAGGAUCUACCAUAGAUAUGACUCUUAUCAAGAUGGCUUUAACACAGUAUAUCUGGAGUUCAGAGCGGCUGUCAAACGUCAGCCACUCUCUCAAGGGGCCUGUUGAGGCAGCGUUGGCUAGGAUUCAACCUCUUAAACUGAAUCAAGAGGGAUUAAUUCAGGAGUGGGGCCUUAAUGACUACGAAGAAGUUGAACCUGGGCAUCGGCAUGUAUCACAUCUCUUUGGCUUAUAUCCCGGAGAUCUGAUACACCCUACGCAAAGUCCAGACUUUGCUACCGCGGCCCGAAAGGUGUUGGAACGGCGCCUCGCUAACGGCGGUGGCCACACGGGCUGGAGUCGAGCGUGGCUUUUAAACUUCUAUGCACGAUUGCUUGAUGCAGAGGCGUGUGGAGAGAACAUGGAUCUUCUCUUGCACAAUUCUACACUACCCAACUUACUAGAUACUCAUCCUCCUUUUCAGAUUGAUGGGAAUUUUGGAGCAUGUGCUGGAAUCUUGGAAUGUUUGGUGCAGUCGACUGAACGUAGGAUGGAUGAGGAGAAUGUGGUCGAGAUAUCUUUACUUCCAGCAUGCCCCGCCAAAUGGGAUAGGGGCAACCUCCAGAGGGUGAGAGCAAAGCAAGGAUGGCUUGUGUCUUUCCAAUGGAGCAAGAAUAAGAUCGUCGGCUCUGUGGUACUUAGCUGCACUAUGGCGGGAGCUGAUGGGGCUCAUGUUUUGUGUCCAGGUGGACUGAGGCGGGUAUUUAACGGCGAUAUGGUCAGAGACUACACCUUUGAAGUAGAAUAA